AUGAAGGUAGAGGACAGGGAUCGAGAACGAGAUAGGGAGGACGGGAUGAAAGAAAGGGACCGUGAAUGCCGAGAAAGGGACAAAUCUAAUGCAACUACUAACAAGGAUGUUUCAGCUCCUAAGAUGUCUCUAUUUGCCAGCAAAGAUAAGUAUGCAGCAAAACCUAUAAGUGAGCUGGAUCUUUCUAACUGUGAACAAUGCACUCCCAGUUACCGUCUUCUACCCAAAAAUUACCUAAUACCGCCAGCCAGCCAGAGAACAGAACUUGGUGCAGAGGUGUUGAAUGAUCACUGGGUUUCUGUUACUUCUGGGAGUGAGGACUAUUCCUUUAAACAUAUGCGCAAAAACCAGUAUGAGGAGAGCUUGUUUAGAUGCGAAGAUGACAGGUUUGAACUUGACAUGUUGUUAGAGUCUGUAAACGGGGCAACUAAGCGUGUUGAAGAGCUCUUAGAAAAAAUUAAUGCUAAUAUAAUUAAAGGAGACAGUCCAAUUCGUAUUGAGGAGCACUUAACAGCAUUAAAUCUUAGGUGCAUUGAACGAUUAUAUGGUGAUCAUGGACUUGAUGUAAUGGAUGUGCUAAAGAAGAAUGCAUCUUUAGCUUUGCCAGUCAUAUUAACCCGCUUGAAGCAGAAACAGGAUGAGUGGGCAAGGUGUCGUGCUGAUUUCAAUAAAGUAUGGGCUGAAAUAUAUGCAAAGAACUAUCACAAAUCACUAGAUCACCGUAGUUUUUACUUUAAACAGCAGGAUACAAAAAGCUUGAGCACUAAAGUCUUUGGUCUGUCACCCCCCCCCCCCCCCUUUAAUGCGUCUUAUCUCAUCCUUGGUCUCCGAUCCAUAAUUCCAACCAUCACCCCCUUUAUGGUGGGAAACUACUUUGUCAACGAGUCUCGUCACAUCACAUCAUCCACAUGCCUCACAUGUGCCUUUUGCCCUUUUGCUUUCCUCCGCUCUUAUUUCUUAUUUUGUCUUCUUCUCCUUGUUUUUGUCAUCGCCUUUCUCCUCCGGUGUGUGUUAGUCCAAUCUCAGCUGCUCCUGGUUUUGAUUUCUUUUGCACUUUUUGCUGCUUGUGUUGCAUUGAGUGUUUUGAAUGGCUGUGACGUUCGCCUUACUCGUAAAUGCAAAGCGAGCAUUGCUCUUGAUGCAAGAGUUGUUAUGUCGACUCUGUCAGCAAUCGGGAAUAUUCCUUCUAAAGAGGGCGGUAUUCUCGAUAUGUUUUUUAGGUUCCUCGAGAUGAAUAGUGGCAAAACAGGACAAGCCGCACAAGAAUUGCUCGAGACAACCAAAUCGCUCAUCGCCGAUGUUAAGAAAAAAAUGGUGGAAUUGGAAGCUCAGGUGGUGGAAGAAAGAGAGUUGCGGAGGUGGAGCGGGCUCAACUGA